AUGUCCAAACAAACCGCAAAAGACAAUGGAGAGGAAGGUGUUAUGGGAGUAUUGGAAGCAGACUCUUGUAUGCCGAUAGCCAUUGUGGGAAUCGGAUUCCGAGGACCAGGAGAUGCUCAAAAUGUCGAGAAGCUGGAGGAGAUGAUACGGGCUGGCAGAGAAGCAUGGAGCCCGAUCCCAGCGAAAAGGUGGAACAACACUGCGUUCUACCAUCCGGAUCAUUCUAGACAUGGAACGGUCAACGUGGAGGGCGGUCAUUUUCUGGAAGAUGACAUCUCCGUUUUUGAUGCGCCGUUCUUCAACAUGACGAGCGACGAAGCAUCGGUCAUGGAUCCCCAGCAGAGACUCCUGCUAGAAGUGACAUACGAGGGCUUGGAGAAUGCUGGAAUACCCCUUACCCAAAUAAUGGGCACAAAAACAUCCUGCUUUGUCGGGUCUUUUUCAGCAGAUUAUACAGAUCUCCUCCUGAGAGAUCCCGAAUGUGUACCGAUGUAUCAGUGCACAAAUGCCGGACAGUCUAGGGCAAUGACUGCCAACAGACUAUCCUAUUUCUUCGACUUGAAAGGGCCGAGCGUCACCGUAGACACGGCCUGCUCGGGAAGUCUGGUAGCACUCCAUCUGGCAUGCCAGAGCCUGCAAACAGGGGAUGCCUCUGCAGCCAUUGCGGCGGGUGUCAAUUUGAUAUUGAGUCAUGAGUUCAUGUCCACUAUGAGUAUGAUGAAGUUCCUAUCGCCCGAUGGAAAAUGCUACACCUUCGAUGAAAGGGCGAAUGGAUACGCCCGCGGCGAAGCUGUUGGUUGUUUAAUCCUCAAGCCUCUGGCUAGCGCGUUACGUGACAAAAACACCAUCAGAGCUGUGAUCAGGGGGACCGGAUCUAAUCAGGAUGGGCGUACCCCUGGUAUAACUCUGCCCAGUGGAGCUGCACAGGAGUCAUUGAUUCGAAGUGUGUAUGCUCGAGCUGGCCUUGAUCCGUCAGAGACAGAGUUUGUAGAGGCACAUGGUACAGGUACGCAAGCUGGUGACCCCAUUGAAACCGGUGCCAUUGGGCGGGUGUUUGGGCCUGGUCGGUCUUCGGAUGACCCGUUGCGGAUAGGCUCAAUUAAAACCAAUGUUGGGCAUUUAGAGGGAGCAAGUGGGAUUGUUGGUGUGAUCAAAGGAGUUUUGAUGCUGGAAAAUCGGUUGUUUUUGCCGAAUCGCAAUUUUGAGAUCGUCAAUUCGCGUAUUCCUUUGGACGAUUGGAAACUGAAGGUUCAAUUACUCCCUGAGCCGUGGGAGACCACUGGACCGCAUCGUGUUUCGGUCAAUAGCUUUGGGUAUGGAGGGAGUAAUGCUCAUGUCAUUCUUGAAGAUGCCAUGGGAUACCUAUCCAUUCGGGGUCUCAAUAACAGAAUGAAGUUGUCAUUGGUGGCAUCUAACGGCACGCAAGGAAAAGAGAAUCUCGGUCAGUCGGUCAGCAGAUCGCGUAUAUUCAUGCUCUCCGGCUUUGACGAGCAAUGUUGCGCACAGCAGAUGCAAAGAUUGAGAAAUUACAUCCUUGACAGAGGCCCAAGACCCGACAACGAAAAGUUACUGGAUGAUCUUGCUUUCACACUCAACGAGCGCCGUUCAACUUUCACCUGGAAAGUGGCUAUAGUAGCCACCACAAUUGAAGACCUGGCUACAUCGCUUGCUCGAAGUAUCAAAUGCAGAAGUGCCGUGCGAAGACCCAAAUUGGGAUUUGUCUUCACAGGCCAAGGUGCCCAAUGGGCUGGGAUGGGGAAGGAGUUACUCGAAGCAUAUCCGGUCUUUCGAAACUCAGUCCUGGCGAUCGACACAUAUUUGGAUGGCAUUGGAGCACCGUCCCUCGUAAAAGGUAUAGAUUACUUUGUUUCCAGAUAUAUCCGUGCUAACCUGGGCUCGUAUGAAGGAGAGAUUACAAAAUGCCCCCAAAACUCGGAUUUGAAUCACCCCCGCCUCAGCCAGAUGGUGUGCACAGCACUCCAGAUAGCACUUGUUGAUCUACUGCGUUCAUGGGGUAUACACCCAGACUCUGUGACGGGUCAUUCCAGUGGUGAAAUCGCUGCAGCGUAUGCUGUUGGAGCGCUCAGUAUGGAAAAUGCGAUGUCAGUUGCAUACCAUCGAGGUGUUGUGGCGAGCCAGCUGUUGGAUGACCAUAAAACACGAGGUGCCAUGAUGGCGGUGGGUGUGUCUGCCGAAGAAAUUCAUCAAUAUAUUGAUAGACUUCUUUGUGGAAAGCUCGUCGUGGCAUGUGUCAACAGUCCAUCUAGUGUUACUGUCUCCGGUGACGCCCUUGCCAUUGCUGCUCUGGCGCGGCUAUUGAGAAACGAGCCAGUAUUCAGCCGCAGCCUUGCUGUGGAUGUCGCUUAUCACUCUCCACAUAUGGCCCUUGUUGCAGAUGAGUAUCGUCGUUUAAUCGAUUACAUUGAACCUCAGAACCAAAACCAAGUAGAAGACGAGAGACAACACAGAUCAGCAGCAUUCUUUUCGUCCGUUACUGGAGCAAACCUUUCGCAAGAAGAGCUGGGCGCUGAGUACUGGGUCUCAAAUCUGCUUGGACAAGUGAAGUUUUCCGAGUCUGUCAGAAACUUGUGCUUCGAGACAAACACGCAGCGGCCUGGCUACACCGAAUCGGUACGAACCAGAAGGGUUGGAGCAGCACAAAAAGCCAACGUCGACUGUCUCAUCGAGAUAGGUCCUCACUCUGCCCUUGCUGGGCCGAUCAAUCAGAUCCUACAAGCAGACACAAAGCUUAACUCUGCCGAUAUUGUGUAUACGAGUGUUUUGAAACGACGGAACAACGCGGUCGCAACUGCACUUGACAUGGCUGCCACCCUGGCAUCGCUCAACUAUCCGGUGCAUUUUGGUGCGAUCAACAGCCCAGAAGGACCUGGAGGAACCUGUAUGCCACAGCUGCUAGUCGAUCUCCCACCGUAUCCUUGGAAUCAUACCAGAUCGUAUUGGGCUGAGCCACGGCUUAGCAAGGUGUACAGGAACAGGAAAUUGCCUCGAAAUGAUCUUCUUGGCGUACCGGAUAAUAUGUCUUGCCCAAAUGAGCCUCGUUGGAGAAAUUUUCUUCGGACUUCGGAGCUUCCGUGGCUUCUUGACCACAAAAUCCAGGGGAAUAUUGUCUUCCCCGCUGCGGGAUAUUUGGCAAUUGCAAUCGAAGCUUUAAUGCAGCGCGGGAAUAGCGGAGUCAAUAUUGUCAAAUAUGUUCUCCAAGACGUUUUGUUCAAGUCUGUUCUGGUUCUCAAUGAGACGUCAGCCAUUGAACUUAUGGUCUCCAUCCGGGAAUCAACGCACAUGCCACAUGAGCUAUACGAAUUCCACGUCUACUCGAUCUCAGAAGAUAACCGAUGGACCGACCAUUGCACUGGGCUGGUCGGCUCACAAAGAAGGAUCGAUGUUUCAGCCGACGGGCCCGAGGAAACAGACAACUACGCCAUGGUACCAUUAGGCACCGAGGUCCAUGGAAUAUCUCUGAUCGACGUUCCAAACUUCUACGAAGAGCUUCAUGAAAUAGGGCUGGAGUAUGGACCAUGCUUCGCCAAUCUGACAAAGGCACACAUCACCCAAGAGGGGGCUUGUUUUGCAGAGGUCACAGUGCCAGACACCAGGUCGGUAAUGCCGCGCGCAUUCCAGUAUGAUCUUCUAAUCCAUCCCUGCACGCUCGACAGCAUGUUCCAUACUGUCUUUGCUGCUUUACCACCUGGCAUGGAUAUUCAAGAAGGUCCCGCUAUCCCCAUCUCCAUCGAGGAGAUGAUCGUGUCAUCUGGUAUCAGUUCUUCGGCAGGCGAUGUUAUGAGCAUUUGUACUCAUGUAAGACAGGGACCUAAAAGGGAUGUGAUGGCAUCUAUAGUGGUGGUUGACUGCAAUGACAAACAGUCCGAAAUGGAACCCAGCAUUUCGAUCCGUGGCUUGCAAUGUACACGGCUCGAGCGCGACAGAGGUGCUUCCCUUGCCAAGGAGAAUCAAAGUACUUAUCACAUUGAGUGGAAGGCCGAUCCGUGUUUUCUUUGCAAAGACAAUGCAUCUUUCUUAUUUAAGCAGGAAAGCGAGCCAGCCCAGGACCCUGCAUCUCAAGUUGAAUUUGAGGAAUGUGCGGUGGGGUUCAUAAGGACUGCGUUAGAAGAAGUCAGUGCCAUGGAAGCAAGGAAACUAGAUACUUCUCACCGCAGGUUCCGAUGUCAUUUACAGGACGUUCUGGAUAAAUACGAUGAAGAACACCCUGAUUCAAUAUCUGGGUUGAAAGGAAUGAAGCCCAACCCGACAGGAGAUCUGCUGCGCGCCAUCGGCGAGAACCUCGUGGCUAUCAUCAGAGCCCAGGUAGAUUUCACCGAUGUUAUCACAAAUCAUCAACUAUUGGAUACAUUUUGGGAUAUUUUCUCUGCAGAUUCCUCAUACAAAGCAACAGCCCGGUAUCUGGAUUUGGUCGGCCACAAGAAACCAGAUAUUUCGAUCCUGGAGUUUGGAGUUGGGACAGGACAAGUGGCCCAAUUAUUUCUCGGACAACUUGCACAUUCCACCCAGUCCCCUCGUUGUGGAAAAUACACAUUUGCCCAUGAAAGUCCCCUCGUUCUGGAGCAUACCGCGAAGCGGCUGGAGGCAUGGUCAGGAUUGGUUGACUGCAAGUCGCUAGAUCCCGGAAAAGAUCUCCCGACGCAGGGAUUUGAGAAGGGAUCUUUUGAUAUAGUCAUACUACCUCAUGGCUUGUGCACUGCACAAUGUGAGCAAAAUGCGAUUCGCAAGAUUUAUGACCUUCUUAGGCCAUCCGGGUCAUUGAUUGCAAUCAGCCCUUUCAAUCCAAAGCAGAAUAUUGUCAGAAAUCUUCUGUUCAGUGCAUUGCAUUGUUUGUCUGCAGAAGAAUUCUGCUUAGGUCAAGGUGGUUGGUCAGAGUGUCAAUGGGACGAGAUACUGCGUGCUGCACACUUUACCGCAGUUGAUGUUUUUGCAGAACCAGAUUGCGAGAAGAACCAUCAAUUUAUCGUCGCCCGAAGGGGGAAGACAGAAAUAUCGACAGCGAAGGUUUCAAUCAUCUGCGAAGGCGAAGCUGGGAUUGCCGUUAGAGAUUUAGUCACCCAACUGGAAAUUCUUGCCUGUGAAGUGAAUGUGCGAAGUAUAGACGAUGCGCAAACAGAGGAUCGAAUCUGUUUGGUGCUGGAUGCCCAGCAAGGAUCUUUGCUGGCCGCCCCAAAUGAUAUCACAUUAGGCAAAAUAAAAGCAGCAUUCAUGCAUAGCGCAGGUGCUCUCUGGAUUACCAGAGGUGGCACAGUUGAGUCAGUCAACCCGAAUGCGAGCCUUGCUGUGGGCUUUGCACGAACAGCGCGUGCCGAAUCCGGGGUCAAUCCAAUUGUCACCCUUGAUCUGGAUGCACAAAAUCCUCUCUCCGAAUCUCAUUCUGUAGAGCUGAUUUCAAACCUCCUGGCGGCCCGCUUCCUCCGUCAAAUCCCGAAUGACGACACAGAGUUUGCGGAAAGAAAUGGGAUAAUCCUGAUUCCACGUGUGUUGGAAGACUCAGAUACGAACACAGCCAUGCUCAGUUUCCUUGCCAGUGAGACUGUUACUGAGGAGUAUUUCCACCGGGCGGAGCAGCCUCUACGUCUAUCGAGAAGAUUCAAAGAGCCUCGCUUUAUUGCGGACUGCGCAUUGUCAGAACUUCCAAUCGGGCACGUUGGAAUCACAGUACAUGCCUUUGGCCUCAGCGAGCAAGACCUUCGGAGAGACACCCAUGAUUGGAACUCGGGUGACACUCUUGGCCACGAAUGCAGCGGAGUUGUCUACAACGUCGGUGUCGGGGUUCGUGGCAUCUCAAUUGGAGACCGUGUGGCGUGUCUUGGAACUGGCACAGCCAGGAGUUUCUAUCAUGAUCGAGCAGCGGCAUUCCAGAAGAUCGGUGAUAAAAUGUCAUUUGAGCUUGCUUCAGCAUUGCCUGUCGCAUACUCGACUGCAUAUUAUAUCGAUAACUACCAUUUGUCGCAUCUUCAAUUGAAUGACGUUGUCCUUGUGCACCGCGCUGGCUGCUGGUGUGGACAGGCGAUUGUGGAAUUGUACAAAAUGAGAGGCGCCCAUGUCUUUGCGACAGUCCAGGAUUCGACAGAAAAGCUUUUGUUGUCAUGCCGAUUUGGAAUUCCUACCCAUCAUAUCUUCAUAGAUGGACAAAAUGAUGUCGUGAAGAGUUUAGGGAGGUUAACUGACGGCAAGAGGCCAAAUCUAGUAGUGAGCCUGGGGACCGGUGACGAACAACUCCAAAGUUUGACCGCGCCUUUUGGCCACUUUAUCCGACUUUUCGCCGACAAGUCCAGAACUCAAGGGGUCUUGCGUUAUCGCAAUAUUUCGUUGUCAACAUUUAACAUUUUCGAUCUCCGGAAGGAAAGGAGAGACCUUGCAGACCACAUUUGGUGUAAGGUCUUUCGACUAUUCCGGGAAGGACGACUCAAAGGCCCGUCGGGGACAGCGGUACACAACGUCUCACACAUUCAACAGGCCAUAGAAGAAAUACCUACCAAGCGGCAUGUUGUCGUUACUGCUGCACCAGAUGAUCUUGUCAUGGCCACACUCCCCAAACCACCACAAUCAUUGUUCCGUGCUACUGCAUCCUAUCUUCUAGUCGGAGGUCUUGGUGGAAUCGGACGUGAGGUGGCUUUAUGGAUGGCCCAAAACGGUGCAAAGAGUCUGGUCUUUCUUAAUCGAAGUGGCCUGUCAAAGGAGAAGUCCCAGACAACAGUAAGGGAACUGGAGAAGAAAGGUGUCCAGGUUAUAGUUCAGGUUUGUAACAUAUCCAACGAGAUUGAAGUUCAGCAAAUGAUUGUGGAUGUUUCCCGCUGUGCGCCUCCAAUUCGAGGAAUCAUUCAGGGGGCUAUGGUUGUUAAGGACGUUCAUAUUGAGAAUAUGAGCCUGGAUGAUUAUCGAGAGGUCAUGGGCCCCAAAUAUGCAGGGACCUGGAAUCUGCACCGACAUUUGCCCAAAGACCUCGACUUCUUCCUCAUGCUUUCUUCCAUCAGCGGCGUGAUUGGCAAUGCGACUCAAGCUGCAUAUGCUGCUGGUUGUUCCUUCCAGGAUUCAUUUGCCGCAUAUCGGAGCAGCCUGGGCCUUCCAGCAGUAUCAUUAGAUCUCGGCACCAUCACAGAUGUUGGUUAUCUGGCAGAAAACACAGAUUUAGCAGCGACGAUGAAAAAGCAAGGAUUCCAGGGCACGGACACACCAACCCUUCUGUCGCUGAUUCGAGUCGCGAUAUCUCAACCCCCAGCCGGAGGAACACAGAUUGUAGCCGGUCUUGGCCAAUGGAGAGAGGAAGAAUCACUGGGGAAUUUUAGUACACCUUUGUUCUCUCAUUUCCGCCGCAAAUUUCACAAUCAUGGAAGAACUGCCAUACUCGGCGAUUCGGCUGAAGGUUUGAAGGCGGACCUUAAAGAAGCCAAAAACCUAGAACAAGCCACAUCCGUCAUCUGUGAAGCAUUGAGGCGGAAGAUUGCUCUACAUCUCUCUGUGCCAGUAGAGAACAUCGAUCCCUCCCAUCCAGUUUCUGAGUACGGCGUUGAUUCUCAUGUUGCGGUUGACCUACGCAACUGGGUGUCCAGAGUCCUGGACUGUACUGUUCCCAUCCUGCAGAUUAUAGCAAGCUCGAUCCUGGAUCUGUCCAGCAAUAUUGCUAGUCAAAAGUUGGGUGACAGAAAAGAAUGA